AUGCACUUCUCCCUCCUCACUCUUGGUCUUGCUGGCCUCGCGGCUGCCAAGCCCAAGUGCACCGGCCUCAAUGCGGCCAUUCGUGCCCAAGGCAAAGAGCACAACGCAAUCCUGGAAAGCGACCUCGAGAUCGGCGCCGUCACCCCCGAGAAUGCUCUCAAGUGGGCCUACACCGAGCCUGCGCGCGGGGCCUUCGAGUGGGCUGAUGCCGACCGCCACGUCAACUGGGCCGUCGAGCACGGCAAGGACCUGAGAUGCCACGCCCUUGUGUGGCACAGCCAGCUCGCCCCUUGGGUCUCCGAGGGCGGCUUCGACAAUGCCACCCUCAUCCAGAUCAUGGAGGAUCACAUCAACGGCGUCGCUGGCCGUUACAAGGGCAAGUGCACCCACUGGGACGUGGUCAACGAAGCCCUCGAAGAAGACGGCUCGUAUCGAGGCCUACAUCCCCAUCGCUUUGCCCUUGCCGCCAAGGCCGACCCUCACGCUCGUCUUGGUACAACGACUUACAACCUCGAGGCCACCUGGUCGUUGAGGAGACUCCCACUCAAUCUGUGCCCACUCCAGACCAGGACACCCUGGAAGGUGCUCUCCGACAGUUCACCGACCUCGAGGUGGAUGUCGAGUACACUGAAAUUGACAUCCCGCAUGAAUACCCCCGCCACGCCCGCCAAGCUCGAGGAGCAGGCUCGCCAAUACGAGCGCGUCCUCGCCUCUUGCAUGUCCAACGACCGGUGUAUCGGUGUUACCCUCUGGGGCAUCUCGGACAAGUACUCUUGGAUCCCUUAUACCUUUGACGGUGAAGGUGCGGCGCUUGCCUGGGACGAUGAGUACAACAAGAAGCCUGCCUACAAGGGUAUUCUUCGGGGUAUCGCUUCUGCGUGA